GAGGUGGGAUGCGGUUCAGCUGCAUCAGGGGACAAGUGCAAAGCACAGGACACUGCUAAGAAUAAUCACCGGCACCCGGCCAAGCCGGGGUGCACCAGGAUAGCGGUGACAUUGCAGCCAGCACCCCGUGCCGCAGCCAGGCCAGCAGCAGGCAUGGGGCCGUCCCUGGCGCCAGAGCCGACCAUCCCUGCAGCUCAUGCGUCCCCUCCGGGACCUGCUGGGGCCCGCCCCCCCCCAGGACGGGAGCCCUGAAAUGCAGCCUUGGACCCCGCUGCUGAGCACACAGCAGGAGAGCGCGGGGGUCCCGUCCCCGUCCCCCAGCCGCCCCCCGAACCUGAGGGCUCUGCUUCUGGGAAGCAGGAUGAGGAGCAGAGCAGGGCCAGGCCGUCACCCGUCUGCAUCCGGAGGUGGUGACGCGCCGGCCUCACGUCACCGCCCUGGCAGCCAGGACUGGCUCCCGCCCGCGUGCUGCUGCCGGGUCCCAAAAGCGCAAUGCGGUGAGGGGUACGGAGCCUCCAUUGCCAGCAGAGCGGUGGCCCAGGCCUCUCUCGGCGUCCCCCCCCCGCCCUCAGCGCAGCAGAGGCGCCCCCUGGGCCCAGACACUGGGUCCCGAGCCAUGGCACUGCUCACCCACCUCCUCGCCUGCACCUUUGGCAUGGGCUCCUGGGUGGCCAUCAAUGGACUGUGGGUCGAGCUGCCACUGCUGGUGACGGUGCUGCCGGAGCAGUGGGACCUGCCUUCCUACAUCACCAUCAUCAUCCAGAUGGCCAACGUGGGGCCGCUCUUCGUCAGCCUCAUGCACCACUUUCGGCCUGGCUUGCUGAAGGAGACGGCUGUUAUCUACGUGAUCGUGUCCAUCGGUGUUGCAGCCUGCUUGCUCCUGGCCUUCCUCUGGAACUACACAUCCUACAUCGCCAGGAGGUCCCAUAGCACUGCCUUCCUGGUCCUCACCUUCUUCCUGGCCCUGGUGGACUGCACUUCCUCUGUCACCUUCCUGCCCUUCAUGAUGCAGCUGCAGCCCCAGUACCUGACCACCUUCUUCAUAGGCGAGGGGCUCAGCGGGCUGAUCCCUGCUCUCAUCACCCUGGGCCAGGGCUCCGGCAUCUCCAGCUGCUUCAAUGAGUCCCAUGUAGUCAACACCACCACUGGCAAUGAGACCAUCAUCUACCAGCUGGAGACACGCUACCUCCCAGCCAACUUCUCCACCCUUGUCUUCUUCCUCCUCAUGACUGUGAUGAUGCUGGCUUGCUUGCUGUCCUUCUUCUUCCUCACCAGGCAGCCCAAGAUGUGGGAGCUCUCCCAGCGGCAGCUGUGUCCUGCCAACAUCGUGUUGAGCUCAUUUGACCAGCUCCCUGAUGAGGGAGAUGGCUCGCAGCUGAGUGGAGGCUGCCCAUGUCCAAAGGAUGCCAAGGAGCCUGGGGACAUCCUGACAAAGAAGGUCUCAUACACCCUGGCCAAGCUCACCUUCAUCUACUUCCUCAUCACUUGGGUGAGCACUCUGAUGAACGGGGUCCUGCCAUCUGUGCAGUCCUACUCCUGCCUGCCCUAUGGCAACACCGCCUACCACCUCGCAGCCACGCUCAGCUCCAUGGCCAACCCCCUCGCCUGCAUCGUGGCCAUGUUCCUGCCCAGCAGGUCCUUGGCCCUCCUGGGCAUCCUCACCACGGUGGGGACAGGCUUUGGUGCCUACAACAUGGCCAUCGCGGUGAUGAGCCCCUGCCCAAUCCUCCAGCAGUCCAAGUGGGGCGAUGCCACCAUUGUCCUCUCCUGGGUCCUCUUCACCGGGACGCUCUCCUACGUGAAGGUGAUGGCCGGGGUGAUCCUGCGGGGCCGCAGCCACAACGCGCUGGUGUUGUACGGGGUGGUGGAGCAGGUGGGCUCCCUCCUGGGAGCCCUGAUCAUGUUCCCCCUCGUCAACAUCUACGACUUCUUCGAAUCCGCCGACUACUGCAACCUGCAGUGCCCAGCGUGAGGGGGACAGGCACCCCUGGACAGACCCUCUUGCCAACACGCACCCCCAAAACCAGUGAGGGAAAGGGGGGGGCGCCGGGAAGCAGCGCUGGAACCGGGGCAGCUGCAGGCACGUCUCCCCGCUGGUCUCUGCUGGGUCCC